GAGGCGCCUGUGGGAGGAGUUCAUGGGCGCGCUGGCAGCGGAGCGGGGCGCCACGGGCGGCGAGUUCUUCCUGAACGCGGGGCUGGUUGCCGGCAGGGCGGUGGACCUGCUCCACCUGGUCCAGCAAAUUGACAUCACGGCGGAGGAGGACGACCAGGCCGUGCUGUCAGACCUGCUCCACCACAGGCCGGAGAUGAUAGUUUUAGACUACAACCAGGCGCUCUUCGGGAACUCGCGCUACUGGAUCGGCAUAGAAGAUGGUGGCUGUCCCUAUGCUCAACUUUCUCCCGCGACCGAGCUCGAGCACCUUGAGUACCAGACGCGGCCAGUGUUCAUCCAUGCCGCUGCCCAUUUCCAAGAGUGCCUCGACUCCAUUGCUCCUGCAUUAGGAGUUACAAGUUCAGCAUCCACCCGUCGCUUAUCGUCUGGUGGGUACGGGUAUGGGUAUGGAUACGGGUAUUUCACGGUGGCAAGCACAGUCACAUCAACCAGCAGCAGCAGUAGAACAAUGACCACUGGUUCGACAACCACAAUAACUACUGGCAGCAGCAGUCUUACAGCAACCAGCAACAGUGGGACCACACUCACCAGUAGCACAAGUGCGACCAGCGCCACCGUCACCACAUUGACAGGCACCAGCACCAGCUCCACAGUGAGCACGGGCUCGACGACGAGCACGCUGAGCAGCACGAGCAGCACAAGUGUGAGCAGCGCUUCCCACACAACAGUAUCCGACACAGUCACCAGCAUCAGCUCCACAGCGAGCACGGGCUCGACGACGAGCACGCUGAGCAGCAUGAGCAGCACAAGUGUGAGCAGCGCCACUGACACCACAGUGUCAGACACGUUCACCAGCACCAGCACUACAGCGAGCACGGGCUCGACGACGAGCACGCUGAGCAGCUUUAGCAACACAAGUGUGAGCAGUGGUACUGGCACAACAUCAACACACACGUUCACCAGCAUCAGCUCCACAGCGAGCACGGGCUCGACGACGAGUACGCUGAGCAGCAUGAGCAGCACAAGUGUGACCAGUGCCACUGACACAACAGUAUCAGGCACCUUUACCAGCAUCAGCACUACAGCGAGCACGGGCUCGACGACGAGCACGCUGAGCAGCAGCAGCAUGAGCAGCACCAGUGGAACCACACUCACCAGUAGCACAACUGCGAGCAGCACCACUGCCACCACAUUUACAGACACCAGCAUCACUUCCACAGCGAGCACGGGUUCGACGACGAGCACGCUGAGCAGUAUAAGCAGCACAAGUGUCAGCAGUGCCACUGACACGACAUUCUCGUAUACAUUCAGCAGCAUCAGUUCCACAGUGAGCACGGGUUCGACGACGAGCACGCUGAGCAGCAUCAGCAGUACAAGUGUGAGUGUGGUCACUGGUACAACGUCGACCACUACCUUGACUACUGCUUCCUCGGUGAGCACAGUCAGCGGGACUACCAGGACAAGUGUGAGCAGCACAAGUGAGACAACAUUCACUAUGACGAUUACCAGCGGCACCAUGACAAGUAUCUCAACGACAAGUCGCAGCACAUCGUCCACCAGCACGAGUGAGAGCACCCUUUCUGAGUCAGCGAGCACAGUGACAGCCACCAGCUCCUCGCGAAGCAGCGUGACUGAUACACACACCAGCGGGUCUAGCAGCGGCACAACAUCGAGUAUCACUCACACGACAGCUUCGACGACAGCCACGAGCGUUAGCGACAGCACCAGCACAACGGAAAGCAGUGGCACUGAGACGAGCCAGACCUCGAGCGGCACUGGGACGAGCCAGACUGUAAGCGGCACUGAGACUAGCCAGACUGUCAGCAGCACGAGUCAGAGUGUGUCAAGCAGCAUCACAACUGAAACAGGCACUAGCAUAACUAGCCGCACAACACUCUCGACGGUAAGUGUGAGCAACACACUCAGCUCAACGCCAACCAGUGCCAGCAGCAGCGCAACAUUGAGUAGCACCAUAACAACGGUGACUCUGACCCGCAGUGAAAGCAGCACCACAGAGAGCAACACAUCCACCACCAGCGCCAGUACUAGAAGUGACACAUCUGUCAGUAGCAUGACGGUGACCCUGACUUCCAGCAUCACCGUGACAACGCCGACAUCUGCCACGACCGAGUCACUUACGAACAUCACUACAACAUCCAGCCUGAGUGGAACGUCAAUCACUUUGACAACUAGCACGAUGUCAUCCAGCGCGAGUCAAACGACUGAUACACAUAGUAUAACGAUGACGUCCGUCACCACUGCUACUGUGACCAACAGUGCAGUGACGACUGCUUCAACAUCCACAUUGACUUCAACUUCUGGAACGUCCACUGCUAGCGCGACCACUGCUACAUCGACGACGUUGACUUCAACUUCUGUGACGUCGUCUACGAGCAGCACAUCUCGCACAUCAGUGAGCACCAGUACACCCACGUCAACCAUGGUCUCCAUAACAAGAAGCAGCACCAUCUCCCAAACGACGGGGACUAACACGGCAACCACUGACACGGAAAGUUCAACAUUAUCGACCAUGUCCAUCACAAGAAGCACCACCAGCGCAAGCAGUUCCACCACACCCCACACCACAACGGCCAGUUCGUCAGUGACCUCCUCUUCACGGAGCAGCACGAUCUCCCGUAGCACCACCUCCCUCAGUACGACUUCUCCUCAUAGCACUACUGCCACCUCGACGGUUACCGUCCUGGCCAUGACAAUCGGUGGAACUAUCAGCCUCGCGACCAGCAACGCCACCGACCUCCUAGCGGACCCAGCUGUGCUCUCUGCGCUGGUGGCCGCGAUUGCACAGGCUGCGAGUGUGCCUUCCAGCAUGGUGAGCAUGGACGCGCUGUCUGAAGCCGUGAGCCGCAGAGGCCUGACUUCCAGCGUCGUGUCAGGUGACUUCGAGAUCCUGCUGCCCGCGGGCGAGGCGGCAAAGGACGCGACGAAUACGCUGGACAAGCUUACUUCCACCCCGGUAAGCGAAUUGACUGCCACGUUCAGUGUCCAUCUCGGCAACAUCUCCUACAACAUAACAGUCCUAUCGUUGGAGGCGGGGAUCGUGACGACCGUGACCGCCACGACCACUACAGAAGCAACCCUGACGUCAACUACUACCCUCUUCAUGGAGCUAUCGGUGGAGCCCCUGGUGCUCACUCCGUGCUGGCCUCUUCUCGUGAAGGUGCAGGGGGUGGUCUCAAAUGUUGUGUACAAUCGCUGAGAGAUGCCUGGCCUUCAUCUCGCUGACUGGAGCCACGCAGUUUAGAUAGCUUCUUGCAGCACCGUAGCUCCAACAGUUCCUCACAGCAU